CCCCCAAACUAUCGUUGGAAACCCCCAAAAAAAUCUCAAAUUUAUCGUCUCCGUCUGCGAGUUUUUUCUUCCCCGCUGCUGCACGAGGCGUGGAAGAAACAGAGGAUCCAUUGUUCUGUCCAUUGGAAAAGAAGCUUCAGUCGCGCCAGUGGUCGUACUCGCUUUCUUGGCUUUCAUUCGAAUGGGGAAAUUAUGGGUUAAUUUGAUAGUUACAGAUUAGGGUUUUAGCUUGACCUGAUUUCCGCUUGGAUCGUCGUUUAGGACAAGGGUUAGGGUUUUUCGGUUUGUUCGGAGGAUGGGGGCUGGAGCCUCGAGCAUUCUCUGGGCUGACGGUGAUGUAGGAGGUCAGGAGACGGGGCUAGGAGACCUGCCGGAAGGCUGCAUCGCCGAGGUUAUGCUGCAUCUCGACCCGCCGGGGAUCUGCAAGCUGGCGAAGCUUAGUCGGACUUUUCGGGGAGCGGCGUCGGGUGAUUUUGUUUGGGAGACGAAGCUUCCGAGUAACUACAAUUAUCUGUUGGAGAGGGCGUCGGAUGACAAGGAGCUCGAAGUUCCUCUCACUAAAAAGGAGAUCUUCGCUCGGCUGUGCCGACAGAACCCCUUUGAUGGGGGAACAAAGGAAUUCUGGCUAGAGAAGUACAGAGGUAGAUUUUGCAUGUCCAUUUCUUCGAAGGCGUGUUUGAUUACUGGAAUAGAUGAUCGGAGAUACUGGAAUUUUAUCCCCACGGAGGAAUCAAGAUUCCUCUCAGUUGCCUAUCUUCGGCAGAUUUGGUGGCUUGAGGUGGUCGGGGAAAUUGAGUUCUGUUUCCCUCCAGGAACAUACAGCCUCUACUUUCGCCUUCAUUUAGGUCGUCCCUCUCGCCGGUUAGGCCGUCGAAUAUGUAACACGGGCCACAUCCAUGGCUGGGACAUCAAACCCGUUCGUUUCCAGCUGUGGACAUCGGACGGCCAACAUGCUUUGUGUCAGUCAACUAUUGACGAUCCUGGCUGUUGGAUACGUUACCAUGUUGGCGAUUUCGAUGUUGUGAGCGCCGAUUUACCCAUCAAAGUUAAGUUUUCUAUGGAACAAAUAGACUGCACCCACACCAAAGGUGGCCUUUGUGUGGAUUCCGUAUUAAUAUACCCCAAAGAGCUCAAACAGGAGAAGUUUUCUACUCUCUGUCUCUGAGAUUUUAUAUGGAUUAGAAAAUAUUGCUUUUUUGUUCAUGUUUAUUUGCCUCUUCAGUUUUCUUGCCAGAAAUCUGUACAUAAUAAAAAUCCUGCUGUCAAUUUUGGGUGAGGGUAGUAUUAGAAUGUGCAGGUGCUCAUAUUGUAAAUGGAGUGAUUGUGUUCUGUAGUUCAGUAGAAUGGCUGUUAUGAUUGUGUUAAAUGUGCUUCAGUAUGUUUCAAUAUCAUGGUUUUGCUGUUGAUUAAUAAAAUUCAAAUUUUUUAUGUCG